AUGGCGCACGUAACGGAAAACGGCAGAGAGGAUAAGAUGGCGGAGGGAGCUAAUGAUGCAGAGCUACUCAAGGAGAAGGCGAAUAAGUACUUUAAAGAUAAAGACUAUGAAAAUGCUAUCAAGUACUACACAGAGGCCGUGGAGCUCAAUCCAUCCAAUGCCAUCUACUACAGCAACCGAAGCCUGGCAUACCUGCGCACAGAGUGCUAUGGCUAUGCCCUGGCGGAUGCCACGAAGGCCCUGGAGAUAGACAAAAAUUAUAUAAAAGGAUAUUACCGCCGUGCCACCUCCAACAUGGCGCUGGGCAAGUUUAAAGCUGCUCUUAAGGACUAUGAAACAGUAGUGAGGGUUCGCCCAAACGACAAGGAUGCAAGGAUGAAGUAUCAGGAAUGUAACAAGAUUGUAAAACAGAAGGCCUUUGAAAGAGCCAUAGCCAGUGAUGAGACAAAAAAAUCUGUUGUCGACUCUCUGGACAUUGAAAGCAUGACGAUUGAGGAUGACUACGUGGGCCCCAAACUUGAAGAUGGAAAGGUCACAUUGCAGUUUAUGAAAGACAUGAUGGACUGGUUCAAAGAUCAAAAGAAACUGCACAGAAAGUGCGCCUAUCAGAUUUUGGUACAAGUUAAAGACGUUCUAUCAAAACUACCAAGUCUUGUUGACGUUGCACUGAAGGAGACAGAAAAAUUAACUAUUUGUGGUGACACCCACGGGCAGUACUACGAUCUCCUCAACAUCUUCAAGUUGAAUGGGUUACCCUCAGAAACUAACCCUUAUCUGUUCAAUGGGGACUUUGUGGAUCGUGGCUCUUUCUCUGUUGAGGUCAUUCUUACCCUCUUUGGCUUCAAGCUGCUCUACCCCAGUGACUUCCACUUGCUUAGAGGUAACCACGAGACGGACAACAUGAACCAGAUGUAUGGAUUUGAAGGGGAGGUCAAAGCCAAGUACACCGCCCAGAUGUUUCAGCUUUUCAGUGAGGUCUUCCAGUGGCUUCCACUUGCACAGUGUAUCAACAGCAAAGUGUUGGUUAUGCACGGGGGACUUUUCAGUGAAGAUGGCGUCACAUUGGAGGACCUCAGAAAGAUUGAUAGGAAUAGACAACCUCCAGACUCAGGUCCCAUGUGUGACCUUCUCUGGUCAGAUCCACAGCCUCAGAACGGCCGGUCGAUAAGCAAGCGAGGGGUGAGUUGUCAGUUCGGGCCGGAUGUUACAGAGCGCUUCCUGGAACAAAAUAAGCUGGACUACAUUGUGCGUAGUCAUGAGGUGAAAGCAGAGGGUUAUGAGGUCACCCACUCAGGAAAGUGCAUCACCGUGUUCUCAGCACCCAACUACUGUGAUCAGAUGGGAAACAAAGGAGCAUAUAUCCACCUCAGGGGAUCCGACCUCAAGCCAGAAUUUCACCAGUUCACUGCUGUGCCUCAUCCGAAUGUCAAGCCCAUGGCGUAUGCUAACACGCUAAUGCAGUUGGGGAUGAUGUAGAGGCCGCACGAUAUUUGAAAUCUGUCUGUGACACUGAUGACCUCCCGUCGGACCCGAACCAUCCCCGCCACCUCAUUCCCUCCAGUGCUCGGACAUGCUGUUUUUCAUGCUUAGCCUAAGAGAUCCCAUUCCCCAACAAACUGGAGCUAGUUGUAAGCAGAAAAUUUGUGGUGUAGUUCUGAUAGGGAGACAUCACUUAAACCAGUCCAGUCCAGAACUGGUAAUAUUCUUUCACAUUAUUGGUUAAAACUGGAAAAAUUCAUGCUUCCGUCGUCCAUUUGCCUGUUUGCGUGUUGCAUUACUGGGUAAAGAAACCAACCCUGAGAAUUACAGAUGAGCCUCCUUUGAGCUACUUGUCCUUUUAAAGUAUUUGAUAUCCUCAGCAGAUGUCUUCAAAUAGCUGGUAUGUACCAAAGAUCUGUAAUGAAAAUGAUUGUUCAGUUUUAGCAAGAGCUUCUUGUGACUGAAACCUAGCAUUGUAAUGUUGGCCUGCAUACAUAGUUAAGCAGUUUGUAAACUGGUUCAAGAGCAACAUGUUUCAGUGUUUCUCAAACCGAGCAUCAGUAUAUCAGCUCACUUUUCAUUCAGCAGGAAUUCAAAAUCUGAUUAUGAUGUAAUUAAAAAAAAAAAAAAAAAAAAAAAAAAAA